ACGCGAUUCGCGCAAGCCUUAAUACAAUUGCAAAACGAUACCUUCACUUGAAUUAAUUGCCGUGGUGAAUAAGUAUAGCGCGGCAGUGUGGUUGAUUGAUUGUCAGUGUUGACGUCACGUCACAAGAUAUAAUUGCCAUAGUUCAUGAUUCUGUUAUUGAGGCACGAAUGACAGAGCUGUGAAUAGAAUCAAAGAGAUAAAUAUCAAAUUUUUGGCCGAUAGUAGGUUACUUCUGCCACCAUGUCAAGAUACCGUAUCAAGCUUCCAGUUGUCAACAAGGAAUGGCGCAAUUAUUUUCUCAGCACGCACUUCUUGGCUCCAGCGUUGAAUUGGGCCAUACCGAUUUCUUCAAUUCUUGACAUGACAAAGGAUCCGAAAUACAUUAGCGGUAACAUGACAGUAGCAUUGAGUUUCUAUUCGUUGAUGUCGAUGAGGUUUGCACUGAGGGUGAAUCCGCGUAACAUGUUGUUGUUCGCCUGUCACAUUGUAAACAUGAACGCUCAGCUGGUGCAGGGCUUUCGAUACCUGCGGUAUCACAAUAAACUCAGCUUUCUUCCGGGCCCACUGAUCAACCAGAAUAUCCGAUCCAACGGCGAGGGCGUAGCUAACUGUCAAAGAAAAUAAAGGGAGAGUAGAAGAGAA